AUGAAUAACAGCACUAAUACGUCAAUAGAAGAUAUUACGAUUGAAAGAAUUCAUGAUACCGGUGAUAAUGCUUGGAUGAUGAUAUCCACUGCGCUAGUUUUACUUAUGACACCAGCAUUAGCUUUUUUCUAUGGUGGUCUUGUUGAUAGAAAAAAUAUUUUAAAUCAACUUUUUCUUUCAUUUAUUUGUAUGGGUAUUGUCUUUUUACAAUGGGUUCUAUUUGGUUUUUCAUUUGCUUUUGGUCCUCCAAUUAGUGUUGGUUUUGGAUCAUUUAAAUGGGCUGUAUUAAGAUUUGGUGAAGUGGAGAGUAAUAUCUAUAGUCCAACAUAUCCUUUAUUAACAUUUGCUGCAUAUCAAGGUACUUUUGCUAUUAUAACACCAGCUCUUAUUUCUGGUGCAAUUGUUGGUCGAAUGAAACUAAUUCCUUAUAUGAUAUUUAUUUUUAUAUGGACAACUGUUUGUUAUGAUCCAAUGG